AUUUCGCACACGGCAUUUUUUAGAGGAGCUCAUUGUAUGAUGUCGGCUGUACGGUCUGGUGACAGCUGAGCGGUUAUCCAGAAGUAAAGCUCAGUUUCCAUGGACGAGAGGAAGAUGAAAAGGAGGAGUCCAAAAUCCUCCACUAGUCACCCUCCUCCACUCAUGAAUUCCAAGAGGAAUGCUGUCCCACUCAGCAAAAGCACUGGUUUCUCGAAUGCUGUGCAACAGCCAGCUGUACAAAAACCAAAGCUGAAAAGAGUCAUUAAAGAAAAAUCCAAAUCUCAGGGAGAGGCUAAAGGUGCUUCCUCGGCUCCCAUUCAGCACUCUUUCCUUACGGAUGUGUCUGAUGUACAGGAGAUGGAAAAGGGGCUUCUGAGUCUACUUAAUGACUUCCACUCAGGCAAACUCCAAGCUUUUGGCAAUGAGUGCUCAAUUGAACAGAUGGAACACGUUCGUGAACUGCAAGAGAAGCUGGCUCGUCUUCACCUAGAACUAUAUGGAGAAUUGGAGGAAAUGACAGAAGACAAGCGCAAAAUAGCCAGUGAUUCCAACCUUGACCGACUUCUUUCAGAUCUGGAAGAGCUGAAUUCAUCUAUACAAAAGCUUCACUUAGCAGAUGUUCAGGAUAUCCCUAAAACAACAGCCAAUUGAAGAAACACCUACAGCUCCUGAUAUGUGUUUUACUUCUACAAUUUACUUUUUUUCCCUUCAUCUGCUAACAGUAUUGCAAAUAAUUUGUAACUUGAACUUCUUUGUGACGUGAUAUAUUCACUUCUUCUAUACCUCAUACUGUCACAUCUGUGAAUGAAAUGAAUGUGUUUUUUUGAUGCUUCCAUUCCGAGGCUGAAAAAAUAUAUGCGAUGUGUGCAGUAACCCGAGCCUAUUUCUAUAGUCCAUUUGUAGCCAAGGC